AUGCCCCAGAAUCAGCUUGGCCGUUGCUGGACGGGCCGCACGCUUCCCGCAUCGACUAGCCUCACCACCAGUCUCCACCGUUUCCUCCUCGCCCGCAAACGAUACGGCAGCGGAGUGUCCCUGGCACCCCAGGCCGCCCAAUUCGUCGCGAGCGCGGCUGCUUCUGAGCUCCAUUCUCCGGCAGCCAUCCCGAGCCGUGCCUCCACACGCCCCUCCGCGGACGCAGCGCCUCCAACGCGACGCGCACAAACAAACCCAUCGAUGCCGUCGCCAGAUCCAGUGACGGACUCGUCACACACCACGCCCUUCUCCACACCGCUGCCCUCGCAGGACGACCAAUUGCUCUCGCCGCUGUCCACUGCCGCCGCGACGGGGCUGGAUCCGCUGGUUGAAGAUGCUGCGAAGAAGCUUGCGGCCGUGAUCAACAGCUUCAAGCGCGAGCUCGACGAGCGCGACGGCCUCUCCGCAGCGGCUCUGGGUGCCAUUGAGAUCGUGGUGGAUAGCGACCCUCACCGUAGUUACAAGCUGUCAGUUGUGCACGACGUCGAGGGCGAAGAACACCCCAUCUCCGUCAGAGUAACCCACAAAAAGGACCCUCCGACACCAAAUGGCCAGCCAAUCGCCAAAAGUUCUGCUCUUCUUCCGCCAACCCCUUCCUACAAACCAACACGCCGCAGCUCCGAUGCAGCGCUUGAGCAGGACAUACUCCCGAGGCGCAAGCGCAAGGCAGCUGACGACGACCUUGUCGAUGGCGUGUCCCUCGAGAGCAAGCGGAUACGCAUGGGUGACGAGGACGAAGAUAUCAUGCCAUUGAUUUCCAAGGAAGACCUGGAGGAUCUGCUAGCGAAGCAGAGGGAGGACAUACAGGAGGACACCGCCGACUGCAUAAAUCACGUCCAGCGACUAUUACGAAAGUGGCGGGAGCAGUGGCACGAGAAGAGCAGUUGGGAAUACGACACCUUGACGAAGCUUGAGCAUGGAGGUGGGGCUGGCGAUAAAAGUGCCGUUGAUGGUACUAGAUCAGGGACCAGGCCAUCUGUCUCAGAUGUGUUUGCUGUCCCCACUCCACAAAAGGAUCCAAUUUCCGGAAUUGUGAACAUACCUGAUCUUGUGAGAAAGGAAGCCAAGCAGCUCUCCAACCAGAUACGCUGGGUUGAACAGUGCAGAAGAAUUGCCUCCGAGGCCCACGACGCGCGAGAAGAGACAUGGCGCAUGAGCUCGGCCUCGUUCCACGACAAGAAUCGCCAGAGCCGGGAAAGCUUUGAGCAAAGGAUGCUCAACGAAAGCGCCAUUCAAGGCACUAUGCUGAGCCAGAUUCUGAGCGAAGUCAAAGGCCUAGCUAGCGUCGCAUUCAGUCUGAAGUGGGAGACACCGAGUCAAUAUUCCGCACCAGUACCGUCACAAUCUCGACCAGGACACGGCUCGACGCCGACUCAACGCCCUCCUCAAGCACCACCACAGCAUGCCGGACGUCGUCCAUAGAAUUACUAACUCGAAGAAAUAUUUACGACUGCGAUGUCCCUUAGCCCGCUGAAUGGAUCCUACAUUAUCGAUAGGGCUGUGGCCAACAAGAGGCUAUAAUUCCUGUCUUCGUGAUGAGAGCUACAGUGACUCGAGGCUUUUCGAAUUGCUUGUAGGUAGCUAUAUAUACCCGGUCUCUAGAGUCGAGCUU